GUGUUUAGAUUUCUCGUCUUUCAUUUUCCUCCCCAAAUCCUUUGAAGCCAAAUUUUGGAUGAGUAACAUUUAGGAGCAAAUUUUAAUUUUUAGAAGCUGGUGAAAGAGAAAAGAUGUCAAGUGAAGCAACACAUUGGUGUUAUGAGUGCAGACGGCCAAUCAUACUUGAAGGGAGAGAUUUCACAUGCCCUCAUUGUGAUGGAGGCUUUGUGAUAGAACUUCGUGAGGUGCAAAGAACAGAACAUCUGGAAGAUUUUCAUCAAGUACCCGAUAUCUUUGGUGCUAUUCAUGCUGUUAUGGGGAGGAGAUUUCCAGAAACAAGUUUUCUAGAUUCAGUUGAUAACAUCAUGAGGCACAGAAUGGCUGGACGAAACCCAAACUUCGAUGUGAGAAGGCGAUCUAUAGCUGCCAUGGGUCCUGAUCAGAGCUGGGGUGUUAUUAGUUCUGGUCCUUACUUGAUAUUUCAUGGCCAGGUUCCUGGAUUCACUUUGACUAAUGGCAUCCCUAGAGGCGGUCCUAGGCGUGUUGAUGUUAGUGACUACUUUAUGGGGCCUGGGCUGGAAGAACUUAUUGAACAACUCACUAUGAAUGAUCGGCACGGUCCACCCCCAGCCUCGCGUUCUUCAAUUGAUGCAAUGCCUACAAUAACAAUCACACAGGCUCAUCUUCGUUCUGACUCUCACUGUCCGGUUUGUCAAGACAAAUUUGAACUUGGUUCUGAGGCAAGGGCGAUGCCAUGUAGCCAUGUUUAUCAUUCUGACUGUAUUGUCCCUUGGUUGGUUCAACAUAACUCAUGCCCUGUUUGCCGUGUUGAGUUACCACCACAUGGACAAGUUAGUCCUCAUGCUAGUCGUAAUGUGGGAGGAAGUAAUGCAGAAAGCACCAACAAUGAUAACCUUAGGGAGAGAGAGCAUAGCCAACAGAACCAAGGAAGGCGGAGUCCGUUUUCAUUUUUGUGGCCAUUCCGUUCUUCUAGCUCAAGCAGUAAUCAAUAUGCUGAGACUAGAGGAAGCAACUCUUCAAAUAGUCGUGACCAGAAUAAUGGAACGAACCAUGGCCGAUGGCACUUUGAUGAGGAGGUGGUGGUGGAUGGAAGCCCGUGAACAUCACAUUGUACAUGUAUUGAUGCUCGGUGAGUUGAAUGAAUCUGCAGCUUUCACCUGCUAUUAUGCAAUUUGGUUGUUGUAAUGAUUGCCUAUAUUGGCCAUUUGAGUGUGGGAUUGCUGGUCCAUUUCAAAUUAACCAUGAUGCUGGGCUGAGUAAAGCACUGGAAAUUUACUUUGCA